CCUAGGUAUAUUUGAGUUGACUGUGUUGGCAUCAGCUUCUACAUUGCAGUUUACUUUUCUGAUAAAUAUUAAAAUAUUAUAUCACACGGUCGCCUGUAAUUAUAUGUGGUUGCCUACUUGUCUUUAUGUCCUACUUAGGCCAAACUAACCACAAAUUAUCUUGCUGGGGAUGGAUAGAUGAAGACAAGAAUGUUCUGUGAAACUAACCUGUGUGAUCUGUGGUAGACGCAUGCACAUGUUAUUGAGCGUAAACACUUUAUCCCAUUCCUAAACGUACUUACCUGGAAUUUAGAGAUCAUUUUCUGCGUUUCCUGAUUAUGGAAUAUUCGAGCGAUUCGGAACUAAGUGACAGUGACCGGGAGCUUCAAGAAGCUUUUGCCGAAGGGAAGCUAAAGCCCGGACUAAACACUGUGCAGGAAGUGCCAAAGAAACGCGUCAAUAAUGUUGAAGGUCUAAAGCAAAAACUGGUAGAAAUCUCGUUGGAUCUGCCUUGGCUUGAGAAACUAGACAGUGUUAAUGAGCAAGCCCCGUUGGCUCCUGAAUUGGCUGCACAAUUAUUAAUGCAUGAAGAAAAGCGCGAAAAUCAGUUUAAAAACAAUAAGAAACUCGUGCAGUUGAAGCCCCACGAGGAUCCCGUUCUGAACGACUUCAAGAGGGAAAUGCUUUUCCAACGACAAGCCCAAGCAGCCGUUCUAGAAGCUAUUCCAAAAUUGAAGGCACUUGGUUUACCCACCAAAAGGCCCGAUGAUUAUUUCGCGGAAAUGGCGAAAACCGAUGAGCACAUGCAGAAAAUUCGGGAACACUUGAUGAAAAAACAGCAGCAGCAACAACGGAGUGAAAGGGUCAAACAGUUGAGGCAGCAAAAGAAGGAAGGAAAAAUGAUGCAAAUUCAAACGAAACUUCAACGAGAACAGGAGAAGAAAGAAAUGCUGGACCAAGUCAAAAAAUACCGCAAAGGCGCUUCUAAAGAUCUGGACUUUUUGGAUUCGAAAAAAAGCAAAUCCAUUUCAAGAAAAUCCCUGGAGAAGCGAAAAAUGAAAAAUAAAAAGUUCGGUUUCGGGGGCAAGAAGAAGGGUUUGAAACGGAAUACCAACGACAGUGCCGCAGAUAUCAGCGAGUACAGGAGGCCCAAGCCAACGAAGAAAACCAAGGAUGCCAAGGGAAAAGGUAAAUCGAACAACCGACCAGGGAAAAAUAGGAGAUCUAAAAUUAGAAAUAAGAAAUAAUUCUUAUGCUGAAUUCACUCUGUACAUAUGAUACCGUUUAUUAAUUAUUUCCAAUCUUGAUGUCUCAUUCAAAUAAAAAGCAGCGGGUACACUUGCUUAGUAUCGUUUUAA